CAUCGGUAAAGCUUCAUUGACAUACUUCUCUCAAAGUUUCAUAUUGGAACAAGGGCAACCGAAGAGUUUGUUCCUCAUUGGAAUUGGACAGAAGACUCAAUGGGCCAUUAUCUCUCUGUUCAUCUUCCUGGUUUCAAAAAAGAGGAGAUGAUGGUUGGACUUGCUUACCCUGGCUAUGUCACAAUCAGCGGGGAGAGGACAGCAGAUGAUGACAAAUGCAUAUACUUCGGGCAGGCCAUACGACUGCCAGAGAAUUUAGAUAUGAAUAAGAUAGGUCAAAAGUUUGAGGGUGAAAUGCUCUGUCUAACCUUCCCAAAGAGAGCAGAAGAAAAGGAUAAUGAAAAUGCUAACCCCGUUGCACAAGAACUAAGCAAUGAUGAAAAUCAAAGGAAACACGAUGAAGGACAUGGCCAUGAUGGGAACGAAGAAAAGAGCGAGCAAACUGAUCAUCAUGCUCUGAGUUUUCAGAGAGAGAUGAGAAAGAAGGGAAGUAUAUUAGAGAGGGCUAUCGAUUUGUUUAGAAACAAUAUUAGUCUUACAAUUGUUUUAGCCUUUUCAUUGGGAGUGUUCGUGUCUCGAAGGUUUGAAUCAAAAGGAGAGUAAACCAGCAGUAAGAUUAACAUGCUCUGUUCAUAAUUUAUGUUUAGAAAAACACAGACACUAGCAUUAACAUCUUUGAUCCCUGUAAAUUCCUCCAUGACAUGCAUCUGGUAAUUAUAUAAUUAUAUCAUGAAAAGUUGACAUGAAUUACAUCAUGUAUAUUACAUCAAUCACAACUCAGAGAAAUAAUUUGCGAACUAAUUAAAGUAGAUUGUGUGUGUGUGUGUGUUUUGCAUGUUAAGAUGAGCAAAAAUAUAUUAAACUUGCUAUUCUAAAAUUUGAGAUAGGAGCAUUCAGUUCUGCUACUAAAAGUAGAUCUAGGUCUAUAAGAGUAUCAAGUGAAAGGCAUUAUAUUCUUAAAAGGAAAACAAAAGAACAAUCGAAAGAGAAAAGAGGAAGAUGCAUAAGAAACUGCAAGUUCAACAGGACAAGGAUCAAAUCUAAAACCAGCUUGAUCACAAAGCCAAACAUCUCAAACUUUGUUUCCCCUAUUUUAGGCUGAUUAAGCCAAUAAAACAUGUCACAUCUUAUAAUAAUAUGCAAAAGUUAAUUCCAGAAAUUGCUUAGGUUUUUAUGUUGAAAAGAUAAUGCAUGCAUCUAAUUAUAGGGAGGGAAAAUGCAUCAAAUUUGUGUCUUUCUUCCUUUGCUGGAAGCAGAUGCUGUUCGUCAAAUAAAAUAGAUUUGGAUCUGUCGUCAAACCUGGAAAAGAAAACAAAAAAAAAAAAAGAGUCCAUUCUCAUUGAUGUAACACAGAUACUUCAACUAAAUGGUAUCAUGAUCAUCAUCUUCUUAAAUGAACAUGUAUGUAGAAUGGAAUCAAGAACCUAUCUUAAAACACAAUCGAAUCUAAAGUUUAUUUUCUCUUCAUUAUACAACUUCUUUACAAUAAAAUAGAGCAAUAUACCUCAGUGGAAACUUAUUUCGUACGACAGGUUAUAGAGGGCUUAAAGCCCCAGAUAAAUUUUAAGUACAGAACUAUAGAUGGAACUGAAAUAAAUCAAAAUAGAGGAAUAGAGAGAUGGCACCAAUUAAUUGGCUAUUCCUGUUCUCACCAAUAUUCUUCUGUGUUGCGGACACCUUUUGUUGAUCUAAUCCACUAACCGCUCACAAAAACAUGACAAAACCAAGCAGCAUCUGUUCAAAAAUUACUUUAUCCUAUAGGAUCAGAUUCCAUAAGCAGUCCACCAAUUCAAAAAGGGCAGAAUACCACCUCCUAAAGAAAAACUUGGGAGGGAGAAGCUUCUUUGACAUGCGUGCCAAAAGUUGUGAACUAUGUUCCCAAAUAAGAAAGUUUAGCAUUGGUUGGUGGGGUUUUAUGCUUAAGAAGCUUUGGGGGUGAUUUAGAAUUUCUAAUUGUCAACAAGAGAUUGUUCAACCUUAUGAGUCACAUCCCUUGUGUUGUUGAAGUCAGCUUCAUGUGACUUUAGUAACCUGGUGUCUCAAAGAAUAACAAAAUUGCCUUUAACCAAAAAGUAAAUAGAAAAAGAAAAAGUAAGUAGACAUUGGUGGAUUCAUUAUAUAUAUAUAUAUAUAUAUAUAUAUAUAUAUUGAUAAAAUCACAACUCACUGGUUUGUAUAUUUUUUAUUAUCCCCCUUCCUUCCUUUCCUUAUUAAGAAACAGGAUUUGAAAGAUUUGGAUUGGGAACUUUACUUGACAUGGUUAAUAAAGUUAGAGCUCAAAAGCUUUAGCUUGAUGCUGCAAAUUGGUUAGACUAGUGAAUUUGUUGAGAGCAAAAUCUAGUAGGAAAGUGAAGGGAAACAUAAUUUGAGGGAAGAAAACAAAUGCUAGAGAGGGCAGAGCAGCUUCAUGAACACAAGUGCAUCCAGCGAUGGAUAUGAUAAGUAAAAAAAGGUAAGCAUUUGGUGUUGACAAGGGAAACAGAGAAGGAAUAAGAGGAAAAUAAAGGUGAUGCUUUGUGGGGCAAGCUUUAUUCAAAAAAAUGUGGGUGCUUUUGACAAAAAGGAUAGAGGGCCAUGGUUUGGAGGUGGAAAUGGAAUCAUGUGCCUUGCAGGGGCAUCCAACCAAUGGUGCUUGUAUGACCGCGUGACAGGUUUCAUUUCCUCAACCCUAGUCAUGUUUGUAUCCCAAAAUCCUCCCUCGACUAAUUCAUUCCACUGUUACUAUCAUAACAGGUAAGUAGAGAAAUUAGAAAAGAGGCUAAGCCAUAGGAUAGGGGCAUAAUAACAUACUAAAAUUUCAACUUUUUGCUCCUAAGCCCCAAGAAUUCAUUCGCCUAAUAAAUGCAACAAUAGUAAACGAAGCAGAAAAGAAAACAUAGACAGAAAAAGAAAAACCACAGCAUUACUUACAGUCAGCCUCGGAUGAGAUGUAAGCAUAGAGAGAAAAUGUAGCUCGGUGUACCAAUAAAGCUGGGCUUGGUUUGAAACAAAGGCCGCCACAAAUGUUAAGGCGCUACCAAGCAAACAAAGAAGAAAUAAAAGAAAGAGGGUGAGUGGAAAACGAAGGAACCCGUGAAGGAGGGAAAGCCAAAAGCGCCCCUUAACCCAAAACCUUGCGAGGGAGAAUGGAAUCUCAUUUCCCACUACCUCACCAGUCACCAACAUGCAUUGCGCACAAACAUUCUCUCUCAAAUCUAAAAUCACCCGAAUAAAAUGAUUAAAAAAAAUUAAGAAUCAAAACUAUGCUUUGCAGACCGCAUAUUAAAUCCAAAAUUCAAAAGGCAAACCUCAAAAGCACAUCGCCCUCCUCUCCGCUAUCAACGCUCUCUCUCUCUCUCUCUCUCUCUCUCUCUGCGCCCCCUCGACACCCCCCCACCCCACCCCAAAAAAAAAAUCGCAAAAGAAAUUGCCGUUUUUUCCUUCUUUACUUGCCCAAAGCUCACUCAACCACUUCUUUCCCCUUUACUCCCCCAGAAUCAAAAUGAGACCAUGACGACGUCGUCUCAGCAGCCUCCACUGCAGCCACCCACGACGGUGCGGAAAGUGAUCGUGGAAGUGAUCGACGCGCGUGAUCUUCUUCCCAAAGACGGUCAAGGAAGCUCCAGCCCUUACGUCAUUGCCGAUUUCGACGGUCAAAAAAAGAGAACUUCCACAAAGUACAGGGAACUUAACCCGGUAUGGAACGAGGCGUUGGAAUUUACGGUGUCCGACCCGGAAAAUAUGGAUGUCGAAGAGCUUGAAAUUGAGGUUUUCAAUGAUAAGAAAUUCGGGAAUGGAAGUGGCCGUAAAAAUCACUUUUUGGGGAGGGUCAAGUUGUACGGGAGCCAGUUUGCCAGGCGAGGUGAGGAAGGGUUGAUUUAUUUUCCAUUGGAGAAAAAGAGUGUUUUCAGUUGGAUUAGAGGUGAGAUUGGGCUUAAGAUUUAUUAUUAUGAUGAGAUUGUUGACGAUCAGCCUCCGCCGGAAGAACCAUCACCUCAGCAGCAACAACAGUCACCGCAGAUGGAGGAGCCGAAACCUUCUCCCGGGCUUGUUGUUGUAGAGGAAGGUAGGGCUUUUGAGGUUCCUACUGCACACAUGGAGUUUCCUCAUGGAGCUCAUGGCCAUGGUCAGGGUCCUAUCCCAUGUUAUCCUUCGCCGCCUGCUGUGGUCGUCGAGGAGUCACCACCGCAUGUUGUUCAUGUUCAUGAGGAGCCGCCACCUCCGGCGGAGGCAACGGCUUUGCCACCACAUAUGGCGUCCGGAAUUCCGGUCUCUGAGGUGCAUUUUACCGUACCGGAGGUGAGGAGGAUGCAGAGUAACAGAGGCGAGAGAGUUAGGGUUUUGAAGAGACCGCAUGGAGACUAUUUACCUAAAGACAUUGGAGGUAACAAAACUCAAGCUGACAAUGCCGUCGCUGCCGGGGCCGGUAGCGCCGAGAGGAUCCAUCCGUUCGAUCUAGUUGAGCCGAUGCAGUAUUUGUUCGUUAAAAUCGUUAAAGCCCGUGGAUUGGCUCCAAACGAAUGCCCUUACGUUAAGAUCCGUACAUCCAGCCAUUACCUCAAAUCGAAGCCGACGAUUUACCGUCCAAUGGAGCCAACAGACUCGCCCGAGUGGCGACAAGUGUUCGCUUUAGGUUAUAAUAAACAAGAAUCAGUCACAGCGACGCUUGAGAUCUCCGUUUGGGACUCUCCGACGGAAACUUUUCUCGGCGGCGUUUGUUUUGAUCUUUCAGAUGUUCCAGUCCGAGAGCCUCCAGAUAGUCCUUUAGCACCGCAGUGGUACCGGCUCGAAACCGGGGCGGUUGAUCAGAAUUCAGGUGGGGUUUCCGGUGAUAUCCAGCUGGCUGUUUGGAUCGGUACUCAAAAUGACGACGCCUUCCCUGAAGCGUGGAGUUCAGACGCACCAUACGUGGCACACACUCGGUCGAAAGUUUAUCAAUCCCCAAAGCUUUGGUAUUUGAGAUUGACUUUGAUCGAAGCUCAGGAUCUCCAAAUUGCGCCGAAUCUGCCUCCGUUAACAGCGCCAGAAAUUCGAGUGAAAGCGCAGCUAGGGUUUCAAUCCGUACGGUCAAGGAGAGGAAAUAUGAACAAUCAUAGUAUGUCAGUGCACUGGAACGAGGACUUAAUCUUCGUCGCCGGCGAACCUCUCGAAGAUUCGUUAAUUUUGUUAGUAGAAGACCGUACGAACAAGGAGGCCACUGUCCUUGGCCUCGUCAUGAUCCCAUUGAUCUCAAUCGAGCAGCGGAUAGAUGAGCGCCACGUGGCACCAAAAUGGUUUGGUUUGGAAGGAGGAGCAGGCGGUGGAGGUGGGCCCUACGGCGGGAGAAUCCACCUGCGGCUGUGCUUAGAGGGUGGCUAUCACGUGCUGGAUGAAGCGGCGCACGUGUGCAGUGACUUUAGACCCACAGCUAAGCAGCUUUGGAAGCCGGCUAUUGGGAUUUUGGAGCUGGGGAUUCUUGGGGCUCGCAGCUUGCUCCCGAUGAAAACCAAAGGCGGAGGCAAAGGGUCCACUGAUGCUUAUUGUGUUGCGAAAUAUGGGAAAAAGUGGGUCCGCACAAGGACUGUCACGGACAGCUUUGAUCCACGCUGGAACGAGCAGUACACGUGGCAAGUCUACGACCCCUGCACUGUCCUUACUGUCGGGGUUUUUGACAAUUGGCGUAUGUUUGCAGACGCGUCAGAAGACAAACCAGACUCCCGUAUUGGCAAAAUACGGAUACGCAUAUCUACGCUAGAGAGUAACAAAGUGUACACCAACUCGUAUCCAUUGUUGGUUUUGACAAGAAUGGGGUUAAAGAAAAUGGGUGAGAUUGAACUAGCGGUUCGGUUCGCCUGCCCGUCAUUGUUACCGGACACAUGUUCGGCUUAUGGCCAGCCAUUGCUUCCAAGAAUGCAUUAUCUCCGCCCACUCGGGGUGGCUCAGCAGGAGGCAUUGCGCGGAGCUGCCACGAAGAUGGUGGCACAAUGGCUUGCAAGGUCAGAGCCACCGUUGGGGCAGGAGGUGGUAAGGUACAUGUUGGAUGCGGAUUCUCAUACAUGGAGCAUGAGAAAGAGUAAGGCUAAUUGGUUUCGGAUUGUGGCAGUUCUUGCAUGGGCGGUGGGGUUGGCAAAAUGGUUGGAUGAUAUUAGGCGGUGGAGGAACCCAGUUACCACGGUGUUGGUCCAUGUCCUGUAUUUGGUGCUUGUUUGGUACCCGGAUUUGAUUGUGCCAACGGGGUUUUUAUAUGUGGUGUUAAUUGGAGUUUGGUAUUACAGAUUUAGGCCCAAGAUACCAGCUGGAAUGGAUAUCAGGCUGUCCCAAGCUGAAACAGUUGACCCGGAUGAGCUGGAUGAGGAGUUUGAUACAAUUCCGAGUUCAAAGCCACCUGAGCUAAUCAGGGCCAGAUACGAUAGAUUGAGAAUAUUGGCUGGAAGGGUUCAGACGGUUUUGGGUGACUUUGCAACCCAGGGUGAGAGGGUCCAAGCCCUGGUGAGUUGGAGGGACCCAAGGGCCACAAAAUUGUUCAUUGGGGUCUGCUUGGCCAUCACUCUGAUACUUUAUGUGGUGCCACCAAAAAUGGUGGCUGUGGCAUUAGGAUUUUAUUAUCUGAGGCACCCCAUGUUCAGGGAUCCCAUGCCGCCGGGUAGCUUGAACUUUUUUCGGCGGCUUCCCAGCUUAUCGGAUCGGUUAAUGUAGAGAUGAAGAGUAGGUGCAUAUAUUAUAAGUAAAUUUUUAGAUACCAGAUUAUGGGGGGUAUGGUGGGGAAGAGGGUGGAACACAAACAACUGUUUGUGUUGAAAAAGUUGUCCCCAAAUAACAUUGUAAGGAGUGAAAGUGGGAUUAAAGGGGGAAGCGGCAAGUUGUCAUUACAUCUCUUUAUUUAUUAUUUUCAUUUUUAUUUUAUGUUUUUGUUUUUCUAGUAUUGCAAUUGAAUGACUGACUAUUGGAGACUUGGAAUAAGAGAAGGGAGAGGGGGGAGAAAAUUGCGUGUUGAGAUGAAAAAGGGGAUUUUAAACGGCUCUGCUAGUGAUUAUUGUAUGUACCCUUGUAAACACUGAAAUCGCUUUCUAACAUAUAGAAACCC